AUGCUCAAUGGAAAUGCUUUCAGGAGUAUAAUACGAUCGCGCUUGCCGAUUCGUAGCAUCAAGUCUACACGCUAUGAUAAACCUAGAAUUCUUAAUUUGGGGCGAAGCCAAGCAGAAGUGGUGUGUGUUCGGCAUCGACGCGGCGCAAAGACAAGGGCGACCCUUCGAUUGAGCAAUCAUUCGGACGUCCAAUCUACGAAGCAGAGCAAGGGACUAGCCCAAGAACAGGAUGGACCCACAUUACCGACCGUGCUUCGGCAAGCGCGGGAUAACAUGCGUAAACUCGAAAAUUGUGUAUUGUUGACAAGAGUCGGCAAUUUCUAUGAGCUCUAUUUCGAGCACGCAGAGAAGUACGGACCUUUACUGAAUCUUAAGGUCGCCUCAAAACGUACAUCUUCAGCAGGGGAUGUGGCUAUUGCCGGCUUCCCUUACUGGCAACUUGAUCGGUUUCUCAAGAUCCUUGUUCAGGAUUGCAAUGAAUACGUCGCCAUAAGCGACGAAUUUGCAAACGAUGCUGCCGACACAGUCAAAUCCGGUGGACUCUUGUUCGACAGGAAGAUCACAAGGGUCAUUUCCCCAGGUACCUUGAUUGACGAGAAAUUCAUGGAUCCAUAUGAGGACAAUUAUUUACUCACGGUCUACUUGAAGGAUGCAAAUGACGUAGAAAAGAACGAUCAUGUACGAGACGGGAUUUUGGAGAAUGUUGGAACAGAUGCGGCUACCAAGUUGAUGGAAAAAAUCGUUGGGCUCGCGUGGUUGGAUCUUUCGACUGGGUCCUUUUUUACGCAAACGACUAGUAUCGGCUUACUUCCAAGUGUAGCCGCACGUAUAAGGCCACGAGAAGUAGUUCUGGAUAAUGCAAUUCAGACCGGCCGAGGAGCGCAUAUUAUGGACAUGCUCGCACAACAGGGUCAUUUCAUCACGUGCCAUGAUUUCGACUUGCAAGAAGUCUCCGUUGAUUCAUGGCAUCCAAUGCUCAACGGCAGAAUGCAGGAAGGACCGAGUUCCAACUUCACUGCGGAAGAGGUCAAUGCAGGGACCAUUCUCCUUUCAUAUGUAAGUCAAAGACUGCAAGGCUCUGGAGUCAAGCUGCAACCGCCGAUUAGACGACAGAACAAGGAGACGAUGAGUAUUGAUAGGAACAGCAUGAAAGCGCUGGAGGUGCAAAGUACCUCCAAAGAAGGUUCAGCAUGGGGCAAAGGAAGCUUGCUCCAUACAAUGCGCCGCACAGUAACAAAGAGUGGGACUCGUGUACUUCGGGACUGGAUCUGUUCUCCCUCAAUGUCCCUCGAAAUCAUUAACAGGAGAUUGGAUCUCGUCUCACAUCUAAUUGAUGAUCUCCUCUUCAGAGAAGCGGUCGUAGCACUUUUAAAGCAAAGCCAUGACUCACAGCGUCUCACACAGAAAUUCGCAAUGGGGAGAGGUGAUGCUGAUGAUUUACUCGGUAUAUGCCGUACAAUUGAGGUCACGGAGAAUAUAGCAACCCUGCUAGAGGAGGCAGUGCUUUGUUUCGAUGACCGAGUUGAGAUAAAUGGCUCCACUUCGCUGCAAAGAGACUCGUUGAGAGAGCUGCAACGUGAUUUGUCUUUUGAUGGUCCAGCUGAAUUGGCUGAGACGAUUAAAUUCUCUAUUGAUGAAGACGGAUUAUUCCAGAGCCACCGAAUUGAAGAGGAAGAGCAAGCGAAUGCUGUCACGGUGGCACAAGAUAUGCUACAGAGUGACAGCUCAACAGAGAAUCAAGAUACAUUAGCGUCGGUACCGAAAACAAAAGCGAGACAGAGAGUCGCUUGUGAAUCCGAUAGUGAAGACCAAGAUCCCUGGAUCAUGCGUCGCUCAGCAAGUAGCGUGCUUCAGGAUCUGCAUGAUAUAUUAGACAUCAUGCAAAAAGAUAAAAUUGACUUGGAGGUCCGUUUGAGGAACAAUCUGCAAACACAGAGUCUGACCUUGCGGUGGACACCGGGCCUUGGUCACAUUUGUCAUGUCAAAGGUAACCGAGAUGUGUCACAUCCCUCAAUGGCUCGAGUGCUAAAAGCCACGAAAUCAACGCGUUCAUUUCACCACCCGGAAUGGAGUAGUCUUGGAAGGAAGAUUGAUCAAGCCAAAUUGCGAAUUCGAGCGGAAGAGAAGCGACUGCUCUCAAGUCUACGCACGCAAGUCAUCCUGAAUAUUGUCAAGCUGAGGGGAAACGCUGCAGUCAUAGACAGGCUUGACAUCGCUUGUGCAUUUGCUACACUUGCAGAGGAGCAGAACUGGAAACGUCCCAUUUUGAGUAACCAAUUCGAUCACAAAAUCAUCAAUGGUAGGCACCCGACUGUUGAGAUGGGUCUGGAAGAACAAGGCAGAGCUUUUGUCAGCAAUGAUUGCCACAUUGGCGAAAAAGAACGCAUGUGGCUCAUCACCGGACCUAACAUGGGAGGUAAAAGUACCUUCUUACGACAGAACGCUUUGAUAUCUAUCCUAGCACAGGCGGGCUCCUUUGUUCCCGCAGAAACUGCAGAGAUCGGUCUUGUCGACCAAAUCUUCACCAGAGUUGGCUCAGGAGAUAACCUUUUCAGAGAUCAGUCAACUUUCAUGGUGGAAAUGGUUGAGACAGCCUCCAUACUGAACCAUGCGACACCUCAGUCUUUUGUCAUCAUGGACGAGAUUGGUCGCGGGACAACGCCCGAGGACGGCAUUGCGAUAGGCUUCGCAUGUCUCCAUCACCUUUAUUAUAAGAAUCGAUGCAGGACUUUGUUCGCCUCGCACUUUCAUUCGCUGGCUGACAUGACCAAGCACUUCAACCAUUUGGGCUGCUAUUGCACAGACAUUGUAGAAGGUGAAGGAGGCGCGUUCUCUUUUGUACAUCGCCUCAGACCAGGUGUCAACCGCAGCUCGCAUGCUCUGAAGGUCGCAGCUCUAGCUGGUGUCCCUCAGACAGCUAUUGAGACCGCACGUUCAGUGCUAGCCAGUCUAGAAACGAAAGCGCAACCACAAGAGCGACAGGCCACGGGGGCGUGA